GCCACUUAUAUGCUUUCAAAAGCCAACGACAACCAUUCAAAGGAGGCUUGAGGGAAAAGUGGCACUGAUAACCGGAGCAGCAAGUGGUAUUGGGGAGUGUACUGCAAAACUCUUUGCUGAACAUGGUGCAAAAAUCGUCGUCACGGACAUCCAAGACCAACUUGGUCAAGGGGUUUGUGAGGCCAUUGGUUCAUCAAACUGUAUAUAUGUCCAUUGUGAUGUCACCAACGAAAAUGAUGUCAAAAACGCUGUAGAUACUGCAAUUGCUACAUACAGAAAACUUGACAUCAUGUUCAAUAAUGCGGCAAUAAUGCAUCCUAACAAGGACCGCAUCAUCGACAAUGAAAAAACAGACUUUGAGCAAGUACUUAGUGUUAACGUCACAGGCGUAUUUUUGGGCAUGAAACAUGCCGCUAGGGUUAUGCUUCCCGUACGAGCGGGCUCAAUUAUAUCAAUGACUAGCAUCGCUUCAUAUAUUGGUGGCGUCGCCCCACAUUCUUACAUGUGUGCAAAACAUGCUGUAGUCGGUUUGACGAAAAAUAUAGCAGUGGAGCUUGGACAAUUUGGCAUCCGAGUCAAUUGUUUGUCACCUUAUGGAAUUGCCACACCAAUAGCCACAAACGCUCUUGGCCUCGAUGCGGAGGGUGUCGAGAACAUGAUGAACUCAUUUGGUAACCUUAAAGGUGUGACACUUAAAGUAGACGAUGUUGCUAAGGCUGCCCUUUUUUUGGUGAGCGAUGAUGCUCAAUACAUUAGCGGGCAUAAUCUGUUUAUUGAUGGUGGGUUUAGCAUUGUUAAUCCAUCAUUCGGUAUGUUUAAAUAUCCAGAGGAUUCUUAAAUCGAGAAAAUCAAUAUUGUUGGGUAUUUUUAAUAAAAACAACUCAAGAAAAUACAUUUGUUG